UUCGUCACAUCAUUCAUCACAAUGCAAUUAACUGCAUUCUCCUUUCUGUCUAAGCCUUCAAUUAAAUGCCCGCGUCAGCGACUCCGUCUCGUCCACCCAUCCGCUCCAACACGCGACCCCAGUUUGCCUCCACUCCUCGCUUUCUUCUAUCCCAGCGGGCAGCGGGGCCGAGAAAAGAAGCGCCAGAUGACAUUGAUUCUAUUCUAUCCAGCGAUGACGCGACUUCAGACCCUCUCCCAACACCGCGUCCCGCUCCUCCAGCGGGACAAUUUAGUCACAGGCCACGUCGAAAGGAGAUAAUUGAAGACCACGGUGUCGAACCAGACCAGAUUACGGACCAAACUGCACCCGGAGAUAACACCACCAGCCCCCUAGAAGGCACCACGAAGCUAGACCCGGAGAUUGAGGCGCUCUUGGGGCCUACGUCGCAUCGCACAAAACGACGCCGAGUCCUUGCAAAUACAGUUACCCCAUGGAUGCAGAGCAGACAGCGACUCGAUAUCCCCGGUUCAUCUCCCCAUCAGGAGCCCUCAUCUCCUUCCCCGUCAUUACCGUAUUGCACACCGCACCACACGCGUUCAGCGCCAACCCCGCAGAAGACACCACCACAGCCUCCCCCAACUCCUGCAACUACUAAAGCUUCUGGCCGCAGUAUUCCCCGUUUCCUAGUUUCCCCUUUCAAUCCACCACCACCACCACCACUCAGCAGCCAGCCGGUGUCACGCAUCAAACACCUAACAGAGACACCUCCAUCCCAAUCACCACCUGCAAGACGGAAACCGGGAUUCGUGUUACCACGCUCUCCUUCCCCCUCCCAGACAGAGGACUCAAGCGCUAUCCCUACACCGUUUUCGCCUUCCUCGGGUACGCUCCAUCGUCGUGGUCGUGGACACUCCUCGGCACCAAGCUAUCUCCCAGGGGGUAUGGCAGCCGAAGUCCGCAGCUGGAUUCUGGAAAUGGGAACCAAAAGAGAACAGCCUCCAAUGAGUGCCGAUACCCGCACGAGAUCGGAGCAUGGGUUAUUCAAUAUGCAGCGGUAUACCUUGGUUCUUCGAAUCAAUAAUGUCCGCCAGUCUGCCCUAGGGAGUUGUGGCCCGAUUGCAUUUGUCCAGGGCCAUCCUGUCACGUCACUAGACGAUACCGAUGCAAACACCGGUAGAUCUAGUGACGACUCUACAGAGAGAAGGAACCUCCUUCUCCUAGGUGCGCCUCGUCCUCGCGCAGACAAGCGACUGCAAUUUCGCAGCGCCUCACCCCGUGUCCCGGACUUGAAACAUGGCGAUUUGGUUGGUGUCUGCUGGGGGUUGGUCUGGGAAUUGAACUCUGACAAUCAACAAAGUGGUGAACAGAGUACAAACAUGGGCUCUGGGGUCAAUUAUGAUCAGGUUCUACGUAGUGAGAGCGCUCGUAGUCCGCACUUGGGCAAGUGGCUUGUUGGUAUGGAGUGGGAGUUGAUUCCAUCGCCGAUGAUGUGAGAAAGGGGAAUGAAUCGCUUCUCCAGAGAAAGAAAGAUAAGACGAAAGAAUAGACAGGUAUGAAUAAUAAAUACAUACAUAUAUAUAUAUGUAUCCAAUGUAAAAAGUUA